AUGAGUCGUGAGCUACUUCAUCCUGAUGAGGACAGAUUUUUCACUUUCGCCUUGAAACUUGUUAAUAAAGCAGGAACACUUGUACGAGCUGCAUUUGAACAGCCUUGUUCAGAAGUACAUACGAAAUUGUCAGACACCGAUUUGGUAACAGAAACAGAUCAAGCGGUUGAGAAAAUGUUGAUCGAGAAUCUUUCGAAAGAAUUCCCUGACCAUAAGUUUAUUGGUGAAGAAUCUGUGGCAGGUGGUGCAAAAAUUGAUUACACUGAUGCUCCUACCUGGAUUAUUGACCCAAUUGAUGGCACCACGAACUUCGUCCAUAGAAUUCCAAUUAUCGCUAUAUGUGUAGGACUGGCUAUCAAGAAGCAGUUACGCGCCGGAAUUGUUUAUAAUCCAAUUACUAAAGAGCUUUAUACAGCACAAUCAGGACGAGGAGCUUUUCGAAAUGGGUUUCCAAUUCAUGUUUCUGCUACCAAAGAAAUAAGUCGAUGCCUACUUGGUCAGUCUCAUGGGAUUCAUAAUUUGGUUGAAUUCGGCGAAAAGUGGUUAAAAAUAACAUUAGAUAAUCAUGGCCGGCAAUGUCUUGCAGGCAUACGAGGACAUCGUUCAUUUGGUUCUGCAGCUAUGAAUAUGAUUUAUGUGGCUCAAGGUGGACUGGAUGCAUAUGUUGAAUAUGGUCUCCAUGCAUGGGAUGUUGCUGCCGCUGGAAUUAUUGUUAAAGAAGCAGGUGGUGUAUUACUAGAUCCAACAGGAGCCGAAUUUGACAUUAUGGGUCGUCGAGUUCUCUGUACGUCAACUCCUGAACUGGCUAGAGCAAUAAAAUCAACUCUCACUCAUGUUGAAUAUGACAAAGAAGGAUGA